AUGUUUUUCCAUUGGCCAAAAGCAAUAUCGAAAGCUGCUUCUUCAAUGAAUGCAAUAGGAACAGCUACUUUUGAUUCCAUAUGGUAUAUUGUUGUUUCUCUAGAUUGUGCUGACUGAUAUGUACUAAUAAGUUUCUCUAUUGACACUAUAGGCUUGCUAAUCAAUUUUAUCUCUUUUCUUUCAACUGAAAGCUCUUUCUUAAUGUUUUUCCACUGGCCAAAUGCUAUAAGCAAAACUUUUUUGAGGAUAUGGUCAAGGUUGUUCAAAUGUGGCUUUGCUGAUCUCACUUUAGUUUUCUUAUCUCCUUGAUAGCUAAAAUUUUAUUUUUAAAGACUUGUCAAAAUUAAUAUAAUAAUCAAAACAUAAUAUAAAAAAAAUUCUUCUUAUUGGGUAAUAAUUUGUUAUCUCAAUGGGAGUUAGGCUUCGCUUUAAUUGAAGUGCUCUGGAUUUCAAGCUCUUCAAUUUCAAUAGUUUCACUAACCAAAGCAGCAGGAAUCAGAAGUUUCUGUUGAGGAAUUAAUACAAAGCUUUCUGUUGAAAUUGUUUCUUUUACAGUUUCUGAUAAGUCCUCAUCCUCAGAGAGUUCAAUUCCUUGCUUUCUGUUUCUUCUUGAAGACUCUAUAGUCUCAGGCACCAAAACAGGUUUUGCUUGUAUUAAGAAAGCUGAAGAAUCUGCAGAAAGUCCUUGGAUUUCUUCAAGCUGGUAA